AUGAUAUAUUUUGUAUGUUUGCAGAAAGCAGUAUUGCUAUGGAUGUAUGAUCCAGUAAGCCGAGAUGCUGUCAUAGUGAAGGAGGCUUUAUGUGGAGAAACUGUGCAUUUGAGAGUUGCCACUGAAGUAAUAUGUUCUCGUACAUCAACACAGAUUCAGCAUUUUAAACAAGUUUACUUGACCAUGUUUCAAUCAUAUAUUGAACAUGAUAUUCAGAAAACUGCCUCGGGUGAUCACAAAAAGCUGCUAUUGGCCUACGUUAGUAUACCACGAUACGAAGGACCAGAAAUUGACAAAGAUUCGGUAGAGAAAGAUUCGGAGGCUCUGUACAAAGCUGGAGAGAAGAGAUGGGGAACUGAUGAGGACAAAUUUAUAAAGAUUUUCAGUGAAAGAAGCAGUGCUCAUCUAGCUGCUGUUAACUUGGCUUACAAAAAUUCACAUGGCCAUUCUUUGAAAAAGGCAAUCAAAAACGAAACAUCUGGAAAUUUCAUGCAGGGCCUUCUAGCAAUCGUGCGGUGUGCUGAGAAUUCUGCGUUGUAUUUUGCAAAGAUUUUGCACAAGGCUAUGAAGGGCUUGGGAACCGACGAUCAUACCCUAAUAAGGGUAAUUGUGUCAAGAGUCGAGAUAGAUAUGCAAUAUAUAAAGACAGAAUACCAAAGGAAGUAUAAGAAAACACUGCAUGAAGCAGUACAUUCUGAGACAUCAGGCGGCUACAGGGACUUUCUUCUCGCCUUGUUGGGCUAGGAUUGCAACUUCUCAUGCAUGAUCCUUAUAAUAAAGUUACCCUUCAUGUUUGAAAAAAUUCCUUAAAUAAUAGUUUGUAGCAUUAGUUUCUUUAUAGUUUGAA